UAGACAGGCGGCGAAUAACGGAAAAUAACAGACGCUGUUAAAAAAAAAAAAAAAACAGACGCCGAAACAUUAAACCGGUUUUAAUGUGUUAGAAAGAAGGAUACCGAGAGCAGAAACCCACCGGAGCUUUAUUAUUUCUGUUAUUAUUAUUAUUUAAUUGUGUGUGUGUGUGUGUGUAUUUAAAAUGAGAUAAUUAAAGAUGAAGGCGGACAUGGUGAUGCUGAGGACGGUGUUGUCGUUAGAUUGAGAGGAACACAAAAGAAAGAAAGAAAGAAAGAAAGAAAGAGAAAAAUCUCUCUUACUCACGGAGGAAAAGACAAACAACACGCCAAGAGGAGACGAGAAGAAGAAAGAAGAGGGGGGUAAAAGGGGCAGCCCAGUCGCCGCUCGGAUGCUGCCGCCAUCGCCGCUAUGCUAACACGGAGCUGGGUGAUGCUGCUAGCGGGGCUCGUGUCGGGCUUCCUCCCGGAAACAGCUCGAGGAGCCCCGCAGCCCGAAGUGUCUUUCUCGCGGGAUGUGUCUCUCUCUCCUCCAGCCUACGUGGUCAUCCUGGUCUCCUGCUCAGGCCUGGUCUCAUUCAUCCUGCUGCUCCUCACCUGUCUGUGCUGCAAGAGAGGAAGCGUUGGCUUUAACGAGUUUGAUAAUACUGAUGGUGAAGAAUGUUCCAGUCCCGUUCCUGAGGACAGUGUGUCCUCGUGUGUGUCUCUGCCCGAGGUUUACACACUUCCUCUGCGUGACAGAGCAUGCUCAGCGCUGCCUAAUGGCACAGGGUCCGGUAAGCAGUGUUUUCGCAGACACACUCUCAACUACCUGCAGGAGAUUGGAAACGGCUGGUUUGGGAAGGUGAUCUUAGCCGAGGUUCUGUGUGACUGCAGUCCCUCUCAGGUGGUGGUUAAAGAGCUGAAGGUCAGUGCCAGUCCAUUGGAGCAGCGCAAGUUCCUGGCCGAGGCCGAGCCUUACAGGAGUCUCCACCACCCCAACAUCCUGCAGUGUUUGGGUCAGUGCAGUGAGAGUAUUCCUUAUCUCCUAGUUAUGGAGUUCUGCCAGCUGGGUGAUCUCAAGCGCUAUUUGAGAGCUCAGCGGAAGUCGGACGGCAUGACCCCUGACCUUUUGAAUCGCGAUCUGCUGACCUUGCAGCGAAUGGCGUAUGAGAUUACAUCGGGUCUUUUACACCUUCAUGAGAACAACUACAUACAUAGCGAUCUGGCACUGAGGAACUGCCUGCUUACCUCAGACCUGACAGUCCGGAUCGGAGACUACGGCCUUUCACACAACCACUACAAGGAGGACUAUUAUUUAACACCAGAUAAGUUGUGGAUUCCUCUGCGCUGGAUCGCUCCAGAGCUGCUGGAGGAGUUUAGAGGAGAAUUAGUGGUUACAGACCAGACUAAGACCAGCAAUGUUUGGUCCUUAGGCGUGGUGAUUUGGGAGCUGUUUGAAUUCGGUGCACAGCCACAUCGCCACUUGAGUGAUGAAGAAGUUCUCACUUUUGUCAUCAAAGAGAGACAGAUUACGUUGGCUCAGCCUCGCCUCAAACUCUCCCACGCUGACUACUGGUACGAGGUCAUGCAGUCAUGCUGGCUUCCGCCUCCCCAAAGACCAACAGUCAACGAAAUCUUCAUCCUCCUUUCCUCUCUCCUGGCCGCGGAACAAGGAAUGAGCAGGAGGAGUGUGGCAGAGGAUGAGGACGAAGAUGAGUAUGAGGAAGCACACGGCCGACGGCGGAGGGGAGAAAGCGAAGAGUCAUUUGAAAGGCGAUGGGAUUCACUUCGUCCCAGUGCUUUCCAGUCAUCUGCGAGUGACAGACAUAAAGACAGAGGUUACAGCCGAGAGGAUGGUAACUCCUUCCCUCUGUUGGACCCUGUGAAUUCGAUCCCUCCUUCAUCCCAUGAGCUUGACGACAUCCUCACAGUCACUGAAACUAGCAAAGGGUUGAAUUUUGAAUAUUUUUGGGAAAAAGCACACGGUAGGAGGGGUUAUAAACCACUUCCUCCUCCUCAGCCAAUACCAACACCCAUCUCUGGUCAUCGGCAGUCUUUGGACACACCCACAGUCGUGCCUGUGAUUAGUGCGCGUAGCCCUUCAUUAGCCAGUGAGUACUACAUUCGCUUGGAGGAACACACUCCGCAGGACAAAUCCACUAAUCUUAAAGGGAAGUCAUCCAUGUUGCAAAAAGAUUCGACUAGUCCCGGUGAUUUGGAGUUAGUGGAGAUCCCUAGUGGGACGCUGUGUAAGGGAAAGCCUACUUACCAAAACAGCGCUGGACAAGGUACCUCUCAGACAAUCCAGACUGUGAAAUCCAGUGAAGUCCAAGUCCUGAUACCAAACACCGGUCUGGUAGAGUUCAGUAAAGAAAGUUGUAACAGAGUGACCGAUUAUGCAGUAGUGGAUAUUGGAGAUGUUAAAAGAGAUCCAAACCUAAGACGGUCCGGAUCUGUAACUUCCCAAGUUCCAAUCCUGCCACCAAAACCUCGAUCAAUGUCCAUGUCUUCAGGCAGCAAUCUACUCUCACGUCCCCUACCUGUUCCUCCACCUAUAUACGCCCGCUCAUAUGGCCUAAGUCACUACCCUGUACCCUCUUAUCCCAUUAGCAAAUCAGAGACUUCAGAUUCCUUGUUUAUGAGCAGCUGUUCAACCUCAAAAGCCAACUUUGAUCACCUGGGUUUCAAUCGGACACACCAGAGGCUGCCUCCAUCUCCAUCACAUUCUCCAUCCAUCCCUCCAUCCUCUGCUGGACACUCCAUCUUUCCUCCACCUCAGAGUUGCCCUCCACCCCUCCCUCCUCACUACAGACCCCAGAAGGAUCCCUUCCACAGUUAUGCAGGCGAAACAUUCCCCAGACAAAACAACCCUGCGGUGCACUUAGAAAGAGACCCAUUAAGCUGUGACUAUUCUGAGAAGCGGACUGCUGACAGGAGCAUGACGUGUUCCCAGUCAUUGCACAACUCAGCCUACAAGGACGAGUCCCCAGGAGGCAGAGAAUCACCCUAUUCCAAAAUGUUUCACUCAGAGUUGAUUCCAGAAAUUGAGAGAAAGUCCUCCUCCAGCACAACAUACUCAGAAGAUGACUAUAAUUCCCCCUUUGUAUCUCCAAGUAGACUCAGCAGUGGUACUAUCAUUGAGCACAUCAGCUUGGUUGAUGACCCAGAUCCUGCUACAGCGGAACUCUUCUCCAGAGGAAUGAAACGAACCCAAUCACGUCUCGACACAAUUCUUCCGGCUCUCUGGAAGGAGGAGGAUGCAGAGAUGCACCGUGAGCGAGUGGCAGCAGCUAAGAAGUCACCCAUACACCUGUUCCUCACGGAAAUCUCCAACGAACCUUUGGACUCCAACGUGGGGAAUACCUCAUGGGGCAGGGAUAAUGACAAGAACAGCGGAUUUAAAGGGAUGCGGCGCUCCCAAUCCCUCCUGACCGAACUGGAUUCGGCCACAAAAGAGUGGGAUUCCAGUAAGAACGCAGAAGAAGAUGGUAUUAAAAAGAGGGAUUUGUUCCUUACUGAGAUUGACACUGCACUAUCAGAUUGUGAAGACGUAUACGAUGGCGAUGGGGGCAUCCCGGUAUCCCGCUUUGGGACCACACCCUUCCCCUAUGCACGUCCUGAAGACUUAUCCACCUAUGCUGAAGCAGAAGAUGCGUCUACACUAGGAAUGAAGACAUCUCAUUCUCUACUGUCUGAGAUAAACACUGGGAACAUAGAGUCAAAGAAAGAAGACAUGACCAGAGAGGAGUUUCUGAAAGAGAUCCAAUCAGCCGAGACAUUUCUCACUGAGAUAAUAACGAGACAACGCAAACAGGAAGAAAGUCCAUCACCUGUAGCAAUAUCACCCGAAUACGAGUCGGUGUGCGUCGAACCAAUAUCCUCACCAACGAUAAAAUUUGAAUCGUUACCCACACCUUUAAGUGAUACAAAAGAAGCUAUUUACGCCCAGGUUACCAAGAGAGCUAAAAGAAGUGAAAUAAAAGUUGCAGUGCGUCCAGAAAUGCCUGUUCUGCAAAUAGCAUCAGAACUCAGAAAAGAGCAGAAUGUAUCCACUGAUGCUCAUCCAGCCAAAGAAGAUGCAGAUUCUAAGCCACGAAACCCUGCUGACUUUGUUCCUUCAGGUGUCAUGCCUCAAGCUGGGCUUUUAAAGGAAGAACCUCUCCAUAACGUUAGCACAGAACUACAGAGGCAGUCGAGAGUUCAUUGCUUGGCACAGGAUAUCACAGGUAAAAAGAUAGAAACCAGCCCUAAGAGUAUCCUGACUGAUAAAACCGAGAGCAUUGGUAAGGGGUUAGAGGAAAUCCAUGUGCAUGAUCCACUGGUGUUCAGAACAGAAGAAAGAGAUGGUUUGUUUGAACAUUCAGAACAAGUCCUUGGUGUGAAAGAGUGUAUUUAUGUGGAUAUUCCCGAAUCUGCCAGUUUAUCAGGUACCAUUGCUUCCACAGCAGAACAAGAACAUGGUCAAGUUAUUCCAAGUUGCAAAAUCCAGGACUCUCCUCAGGUCUCCCAAAAGGAUGCAUUGUUUAGUUCGAAUGAGCAAGUUACUUUGACUGAUGCAGAUUUUAAUAUAAGCACCAGAUGUGAUGCUAAAGAAGCAGACGGCCUGAAAGAGAGCAUCAGUGCAACAGACUCUAUGUUAUCUCUCGGCGAAGCAAGCACCGAUGUGUUACCGCUGUCCUUUGCAAGGGAACCAAACUCCGAACAAUCCCUGUCCACUAUGACACCCACAGACUCAACCAUGUCACCUCUUACCUCUAGCUCUAUGGACUGCCUCACCCCUGGAGAUCAAUGGCUUAGUGGUGGAGGCAAUGGGUGGAGGAUCUUGGGUACUGAAACCCCCUAUCGAGAUUCUGCCUACUUUUCAGACAGUGACUGGGAUGGUGGGGAAGGUUUGCCGAGAAGAGGUUCUGAUGGCUUGGUUUCUUCUCGUCCAGGCAGUGGGCGAGCAGGCGAGAGAGGAACACUGAUGGGAAUUGAAGAAAAGACUGAAGGAGAGGAGGAUGUUCAGGAUAGCAAAGCAGUUAAAAUAUCACUUGAUGCUGUAGUGGAUUCAGUGAAAAGCAUUGCUGAAAUGAGCCCUAAACAUGGUACUGAUGCUAGCUUGCUUUCAGGCUUUGAGACUUCAGAUGUCUUAAAAACUGAAAGCAAUGCUAUUGACGAGUUGUUUGGUGUUAUUCAGGAUCCAGCACUAAAAGUGUUCCCUUGCACCGAUGCCUCCAAGUUUCCUUUUCAAAUAUCUUCUGUCACUGAAUUAAGUGAAGAAAAAGAGGGUCAGAACAUGGAACUGUAUGGAAAUGUAGAAAAGCUUCACAAGCCAAACGCUGUGGAAGAACUUCUCGAAACUCAGGCUUAUUUGAAAGCAAAUGCAUAUGAAUCGACAUACACUUCAAAAGGUGAAGAAAUACAGAGGAGGUCAGCAGAGCAUAAGCUGGAUAUACAAGACAGAGAUGCCAAUGAACUGGGCUUGAGAAACCUGACUUUUACUGAAGAAAUGGAAGAACAAGCAAAGGCAAGGUCAGAAGCUGAAAGCCAGUUAACUGAAGCUGAACUCUGCUUCACAGCAAAGACAUUUCCAAACACAGAAUGGGAGCAAGAAGGCCUGAGAGACCUUUCUCAAAAGGAAUGUUUUGACAGCUUUGGGGAGGACAUCCCGAAGAAGCUAAAUGUGAACUCAGAGAAAUUAUGGAACGCUCUUGAAGAUGCUGAUUCCAGAUCUCUGAAGGAAGCAGUUAUUUGUCCUCGACUUCAACAAGAUGAUCAUCAAAUCUGGACAGCAGAAAAUGACAAGUGGACACUGGCUGAAAACGACCAGUGGGCAUCGCCUGAGAAGAACCCAUGGUUAAUCACUGAAAAUGACAGGAGAUCACCUGAUAAAAUUGACACCCGGGAACCAAGUGUAAAUGACCAAUGGACAUCAGGUGAUGACGACCAGUGGGCAUCAACUGAAAACGACCAGUGGGCAUUGGCUGAAAACGGCCAAACAGCAUCAGCUAAGGGAGCCGAAAAAGAGCUAGCGUCAGAAUUCUUUCCAGGUUUCGGACAAAACAAGUGCACAGAGGACGUUAUAUUUGGCACGAGCCAUGAAUUCUGGGAAGUAGAAAAUGAUGAACUAGCAAAGACAGAGCCUCAUCCCACCAUCAUGGAGACACAUGAAAGUACUUGCACUGAUGAAAAGCAAAAACAUCUGAAACAUCAACCGACGUUUACCACUCGGGUUGCGGAAGCUCCUGAAACUCAACGGAGGACUGAUGUUCACCAGGAAGAAAACAACGAGAAUCCUGAUGUGGAAAAUGGAGAACCAGAACAUGAAGCGAACUUAAACUUGGAAGUGGAUAAUAUGGAGAACCCAGAUCAAGAGCUUCUCGCUCACUGUAAUGGUGUUGGAAGGAGAAGCUCUGGUGAUUGCAAGGUAUACAUCCAAAAUGAGGCAGAUGAUAAACUUCCAGGAGAUGAAGGAAACCAAAUCGUUAGCAGACUUCAGAACAUCCAUGAUGUAAAGAGCGAGGUUGGAGAAAGUGAACAGCUAUUUGCUGAAUCAGAAAUUUCUGAAGGCAUGAAGAAUCUGACCCAACCUCAUACCAAUCACAAUAAUAACUGGGUCACGGAAACAUCUGAAACUGACGAGGUCCAGGCCACAAAUAAUAUCGUUAUUAAACCACACUUAACUUCAGCACACCAAGACACAUACUUUAGCAAGGAUGCUGAAGAUCAUCACUGCCAAACAUCAAACAGAGAGGAUAUAUUUCUUCAAAAAGACAGAUCAGAUUCUCCGUCUUGUCCCGUCCUCACUGUCAACGCUGAAGCCGAACCUUGCGCAAUCCAUAGCAGCAAUGUUCAGUGCUGCUCUCCCGCCUUAAUGUCUAUGGAUAUAUCGGACUGUGCUGCUUCCCAGCAUGCAGAAGUGAGCGAUUGCCAAGGCCCAAACAAUUUCCCAAACACGGUGCACCAUAUAGAGAUCAAGUCUGGUCCGGCUGAUCAACCCUGGAUGGACGUCACAAACCACGAAGGUCUAUUGGUGUUCUCUAACAAUGCCGAUUCCUUUAACCUAUCCCCGGCUGAAUGCUCCACCAGCACCCAUAGCAAAGGAAUUACUGCGAAUCUGGGACAAAAACCAUCCCUGAUCGCUGAAAAUCAGACCCACCGGGUAUCGGAUUGCACAAACGAGGAUGACCUGAGGAACAGCAAGUCUCACUCAGUGAUCUCUCAGAGCUCCUUGAACUCGAUCCCGGAAUUGCUCAUCUCAGAGUGGAAGGAUUUGGAUGAGGAACCUCUGGAGGAUUUCGAAAAGCUUGAGAAGUUGUGCUGCAUUUCCGGAGAUGAGGAUAUUCUAGGGGACCUCUUGCUAGGGAACUUGGAACUACUAGAGUCCUUGAAGAAGAAUCACCAGUCCUUGCCAAGCACCAAGGAUGACCAAGAGCUCUCUGGGAUUUCAGACAGCAAGACUGGAGUUGAGCUGACCAAGGAGGUUCACGGACUCUCAGACAUUCCCGUGGACGAAGAAAACGAGCUUUUGCUGGAAAAGAAGGAGGGAGUGAUCUCACCCGCACUUUCGCCAUGUCAAAUGAGCGAAGGUGCCAAAGGUCAGCGAUUGCUGUCGCAGAUGCCAGCAAAAAAUGGGCUAAUGAUGCAGAUUUGUGAAGAAAAACUGCAGUACUCCCUCAGUGAGAACGUUCAAACCAACGUACUUUGGGGAUCUACCAUUACUGACAGCGUCAUUCUGCAUCCUUGGGCAGAAACCAGCGCCGGCGCUGCCAGUGAUACUGCCAACGAAGAAGCCUCAAUGGGAGCUGAGAGUAAAGACGAAGCAAUCCCAUCUAGCCCGGUUUUGCCUAAAAGUAAAGAUGCUGAAGUGGAAACGGGGACAUGGAAAACGACAGAGAAGGCUGAAAUCACACCUGAUCCACCUGCAGCUAACCAAGCCAUGAAAGCUAAACUGGCCCGCCUCUCCCUCUCUCUCCCCCCACUGCCUCUCUCGCUUCCUCUCUCUCCUGGUUCCAAAGGAUUCUGGGACGGAGGGGAAAGCAGAAUCGGCCGGAGACGGGGUUUCUCAACAGGAAGCGAUCCCGAAGAGGACGAGGAAGAGGAAGAGCAGGAGGACGAGGCCUCUAGGAAGGUCAUCGUCAUCACAGAGACCGACGUUCACAAGCGAGUAGGACUGCGGAGUUUGCUGAAGUCGCCGAAGGAACCCGUCGACAAAGAGAACCGCGACCACGGGAGGAACGUGUCCUUUUUCGAUGAUGUCACAGUCUAUCUGUUCGAUCAGGAAACGCCGACCAAUGAGCUGAGUUCCGGCUCUGCCCCUUCAAGUCCGUCUCCUUUCGGAAAGCCCGCCCACUUUGAUGGACACGCAGGAGCGAGUGGGCACAAAGCCAGCAAGAACAAAGAGCACGCAAAGUCCAAAUCAGCACUGAGCUCAUCAGCAACGUCAGCAUCAUCGCGCUUCACCGUCAGUCCUGCUGAUGACCCUCAUUUAGUCUGACACGCUUUGAUGUACACACACACACACACACACACACACACGCGCGCGCGCGCGCGCCCUAAGGAAAUAUGUAGCGCUCUGGAGUGACGCUCCACCCAGAGGUUAUUUUUUUAAAUUCAGACUCCUGUUUUUUUUUUUCUCGAGGCUGGAGAAAGAAAAUAAAAAUAAAAAUAAAAAAUUCAGGAACUUGUCUAAUCUGAAACAGAGUUCACGGCUAUGCAAUAGGAGUCUCGUUCCGGUCGUACCAGCUUCACCGCUCUAUUUUCAUGGCUUCUUUAAAGUAAAUUUGUAUUCUGUAUUCAGAAAAGGGGAAGCAGCACUUUUUCUUCGACCAGUACCUGUCUGUCUGUGAGCUUCAGUAGAAGUGUUAGGCGUGUGCUGAGCGGACAGGUUGCGGUAGUAUCACGGAGAGACAGCUGAAAGGUAGAGGAGAGACUGUGAAACAUAAUAGAUUUUUAAAUCAGAUACAAAAACCUGAGUUCCCACGUUAACUACACCGAUCAGUGUGUAAAAGGCUGUGCUGCUGCCUGCUGAUGUUCACUCCACAAUUAGCGCGUGACUAGAAAUGAAGUGGCAGCGGUGUUUUACUGAAACUAAACGGUUUUGUCGCAGUCCUGAUCCUCGGCACACGCCCGACACUAAGUGUAAAUUUGUUCUCGUUGCAGUCGAGGCGAACCCGACGUCCGUGUAUGUUAACAGUUCAGUGCUCUUUUAGUCUUUGUACAAAUGAAUAACUUGGUGUACAAACUCAUUUUAGGAUUUAUUUCUCCUUUAUUCUUAGACUGCACGCGAGAAGAAGAAGAAGAAGAAAAAAAAUGUACUGCUACCAACGGUUCUGUUUUAUACCGUGUUUUUAAUUGCAGAAUGUUUAUUUAUUUAUUUAACCAACUCUUCAUCCACCCUGACCCUGACUUGCACAUUUACUUUGUCUUGGAUGUUAUGCAUUAUUUUAACUAUCAGGUGCUACAUGGCGUCAGAACCCCCAGUUAUUCCGCCUCCAUAAGCUUUGCAAUAUCUGACAUUAUUUACCUACACACAUAUUUACCUAGAUGUUAGUCUGUACCGAAUUUUUUGUCCCUCUAGCGUGUCUCUCCGUAUACGUUACUUUGGAGUGUUUCGACACACGCUCCUUCCGUUAUUUACGUUCGAUAGCAAUUUCAAAAGAAAAAAAAACAAAACGAAAAAAAAAACAA